UAGAUGGCUUCCUGGUAUUUUACUGAUCGGUAGUCCUGAGACCGGGGGAAGAAUCCAUGUACAGACCUGGUUGUGUGAUAUAAUUUAUUUUUUUAUCGAGACAUACUCAGGGGCAUUGCCCGAACACUGGUGCAGGGGAGAUGGACCACAGUCACCAUAACCAUGACGUGCUUUCCCAAGCCGUCACUCACUCUCCAGCAGAUCACACCACGGGUCAUGGAUCGGGAUCGAACGGACAUGACGGACACAUGAUGAUGAUGCAAAUGACCUUUUACUUUGGUUACAAGAAUGUCGAGCUGCUGUUUGCCGGACUGAUAAUCAACACACCUGGAGAGAUGGUCGGUGCCUGUAUAGGCGUGUUCCUACUGGCCGCCUUCUAUGAAGGACUGAAGAUCGGACGCGAGGUCCUGUUGAGGAGGAACCAAAUAAGCGUACGCUACAACUCCAUGCCAGUUCCCGGCACUGAUGGGACCGUGCUCAUGGAGACGCACAAAACAGUAGGACAGCGGAUGCUAAGUCUGGCACACCUUCUCCAGACCAUACUUCACAUCAUCCAGGUGGUGAUCAGUUAUUUCCUCAUGCUGGUGUUCAUGACCUACAAUGGCUACCUGUGCAUAGCUGUGGCUUUGGGAGCCGGUGUGGGUUACUUCCUGUUCAGCUGGAAGAAGGCAGUAGUGGUGGACAUUACAGAACACUGUCAUUAAGCCUCUUAUCAGCCACGCCCAUUCCCCCACCCCACCCCCUCGAUGUCCUUCUCUAAAGUAUCUCUACACUAUCACACAUCAAGCCAUCACACAUGAAAAAAAAUAAAUAAAGAAACCCAAAAAACAAAAACAUGCCAUACAAAUUACCUGGGAAUUAUAGGAUCAUGAUGUCAAAUCAGACUCCGCCAGUUGGUGGCAUUUUGAAGUUUUUCCUCUCAGCACUCUGAAUUUCAUCCAGUUUUAGACAUCACUCAGUUUCCAUCAAUGUGGGCGAUUUCAGGAUCAACAUGAUCCACUCCCCCCCAAUCAUGUACUUUACUUUAUUUUCACAUCGUCAUUCAUCCCUCGCAGGAGCUGUAACACACACAGCCUUAAAUUUCUACCUCUUGAUUUGUAAUAUGAUCAUAUUCCCAGGUGUUAAAAGGGAUAUCCUAUAAGCCUUAAUGCCGAAAUAUUUAAGAGGACAGAAUAGUACAUGGUGAGGAUCCUAUAGCAUUGCUGACUAUCAAAAAUAAAAAAACAAUAUUGUUUACUUUUAAAUCAAUGUUUUUUUUCCCCUCAUAAUCACAUUAGCAGACAUGUUGAUCAUUGUCAGAAUAUCAAAACACUCUAAUCAGUGACCGGCUCAGACAGAGGGAGAGGAAAAGAGUAAGUCAUCUGCCUGGCUUUGGCACUCUGUUUACAAAGCUGAAACUGUAAUUUACUCCAUCUGGAGUGGUGUUUUUUUUUUUUUUUU